AUGCAGGAACCAGAGGUGCAAAUCGAAGGAGUUAAUGUGGCGUUCAAAGAGCCCAUGCACAAAAUCUUAGAUCGGAUGAAGAACGAGUCAUUCUUCAGGUGGCCAAACAGAAUAGGGGGCGACCCAUCCCGGAGGAACCAAAACCUAUACUGCACAUACCACAGAGACAAAGGACACACCACCGAGCAGUGUCUGGUACUAAAAGAUCACCUCGGGCAGCUAGUAAAGGCAGGGUACCUGAAAGAGUUUGUAGUGGACUCCACUGACCGAAAAGCCGGCCAGGGCGUCCAACAGAAAAGGAACCCCCUCCCGCCACCACUGGGGGUGAUCGAAGUCAUCCACGCUGCACCAAGAGGAACGGCAGCAACAAAAAGGGUAUUAACAGUGGCCUGCAUGGAAAGAGAUUCAGCCGAGAAGAAGAAGAGAGUUGAACGGCUGACCAUCUCGUUCGGAGAAGACGAUUUGGAAGGGACGGUCCAACCUCAUGACGAUGCAUUGGUGGUGACGGCUCGGAUAGGCGGGUUCUUGAUGAAGAGGGUGAUGAUCGACCAAGGAAGCGGGGCUGAUGUCAUGUACCCGAACCUGUUCGAAGGGCUCAGAUUGAAGACCCAGGAUUUGGCGAAAUAUGACACGCCGUUGGGUUACCACCAGAUUGCCUUGGCGCUCGAGGAUCGAGAAAAGACAGCAUUUAUCUCCCUGAGUGCAAACUAUCACUACGAGGUCAUGUUGUUUGGAUUGAAGAAUGCCAGAGCCACGUACUAG